AUGAGUUCUUGCAGCAACGUCUGUGGGUCCAGGCAGGCACAGGCUGCUACCGAGGCUGGGUACCAGCGCUAUGGGGUCCGGUCCUACCUGCACCAGUUUUACGAGGACUGUACCGCCUCGAUCUGGGAGUAUGAGGAUGAUUUCCAGAUCCAGAGAUCACCUAACAGGUGGAGCUCAGUACUCUGGAAGGUCGGACUCAUCUCAGGCACAGUCUUCGUGGUUCUCGGAUUGACUGUUCUGGCAGUGGGCUUUCUUGUGCCCCCUAAAAUCGAAGCAUUUGGCGAAGCCGAUUUCAUGGUGGUCGAUACACACGCUGUCCAGUUCAAUGGUGCCCUUGACGCAUGCAAGUUGGCAGGAGCCGUUCUCUUCUGCAUUGGGGGCACGUCCAUGGCAGGGUGCCUGCUGAUGUCGGUGUUUGCAAAAAGCUACUCCAAAGAAGAAAAAUUCCUUCAGCAAAAGUUUAAAGAGCGAAUUGCAGACAUCAAAGCCCACACCCAGCCCAUUACAAAAGCUCCGGGCCCAGGAGAAACAAAGAUUCCGGUCACUUUGUCCAGAGUUCAAAAUGUCCAGCCUCUAUCAGCAACCUGA